GUGGGUGGAGAGAACGUGAAAAGGCUCGAGAAGACAGCUGGGGACCUCCCCGGGAUUCCAGACCUUCAGAAGAUCGUGAAUGGGACAAAGAUAAAGACCGUGAUGAAAAUGAAAAAGAACGAGAAUUUGACAAAGACCGUGACUUAGAUCGGGAAGACCGUUUUAGGCGUCCUAGGGAUGACACUGGCUGGAGAAGAGGAGCAGCUGAGGAAGCCACUAGCUGGAGAGAUUCUGGUCGUCGUGAUGAAUGGGACAGAGGUGGUCGUGACUCUAGAGAUGACCGUGGUGGUCGUGAUCUUCGAGGUCGUGUUGAAGAGAGAGAAAGGAGAGGACCCCCACCCAGAACAGAUCGGGAAGAAGUGAGCUCAUGGAGGCGCGGUGAUGAUAGAAAGGAAGAACGUGAAGAACGUGAACCAGUUCGAAAACCACCACCUCCUGCUGCUCCUCCUACUCCUGGUCCUUCUGUUUCCAAAGAACGAGAAAAAGAGGGUGAGAAAGAGAAAGCUUGGAGAACAGAUAAAGAACGAGAAGCCCUUCGUCGCAUUAAAAAUGAAACCGAUGAAGAGGGUUGGACCACUGUACGACGCUAAGUUCAAAACCUAAACGUGGUUUUAAUUGGUGUUUUGCAUUGAUUUGAUAAGAAAUUAUAAUAUUGGUGCUUUUAAGAGUCUGAAUUCGAAUUCGUUAACAAAAUUUUCUAGAAACGAAAGCAUGAAACUCUUUACUUGUAUGCAAACUGAUCAUGCACAGAACUUACAACUAAUAGUUGGAAAUUAAAUACUGGUUAUCUAAAAUUUCAAUUGUAUGUCACAGAUCACUUGGUGGUAAGAAUAAAAAAAUAAAUUCUAUAGGUAUCUUUGAGUGGCAUGUACAUCUCAGUCAAAAACAAAACUGAUUUUUAUGUUAACUAACCUUACACCUUAAAAUGGAUAUAGCCUGCAAAGCAUAUGUUUAAAGCAAUGUUUCUGGUUCCAUAAACAAAUGACUUUAAGGCUGUACAGUCUAAAAUUGGUAUUUGAUGGCAGAGGCUAUUAUUGCUGGUAGUAUUAUUGGAUUCAGUAUGUUUUAAUUUGAUUUAUAUAGAAUAAAUGUCAUGGGUCUUUUAGCUAUGCUGGGAAUUUUUCUUUUGUUUAUUUUCAGUAGAUUCUACUUGAAUGCACAGUCUUAUCAAGCCAUUUUGCAGUCUUUACUUUCACAAUGAGUGCCACAGUAGUAUUGAAACAACAGGCUUUUAAAAUUGGAAGUAUUUGAGUAAUCUUUUUGCUGAGCAUUUUUGUUCCUUGCUGUGUAUAGACACUGCUCUUUCUGGUAUUGGUAAUCUCUGCCUUUUGAAACAUUUAUAUAGUGUCAUUUCAUAUACAUGAUCUGUGGAGGAAUCACACUCCUCCUCUCCUUCUGAAUUUCUUGUCUUCAGGGGAAGUGCUUUACCUUUAAACCAAGUGCUUUGUAGUAAGAGUGGGUUGACUUCAAUUUGGGGCUGAAAUAGCAAUGUUAGUGAUUGUUUUUAAUUGAAGCCAACACAGAACUUGCUGCUAUGUGUUAACUUCAAUGAUAAAUAAACUUAAAAAUCUAACCUAG